AUGUCGGACGACGCAGAGCUUGCGUUCCUCAAUGCGCAGCAGAACGAGUACGACCCUGCCACCGCCUACGACCCUGCUACCUCCUACGAAGCCGCGGGCGACGAGGAGGAGUAUGAUCCCGCCAACAAUUACUCUCCACACCCGCAGUCUGACAAGUCAGCGUCGAUGCCUCAAUCGGCAGCCAACUCACCACCCGUGGCCGCCGACGGUGAGGGCGAGGAUGGUCUGAAGCCUCCGCCGGCGACAGCUUCCGCCGAGGUCUCAGCGGCGCCGACGCCGUCCAAGCAGCCGCGCACAAGGGGUGGUUUUGUCGACGAGAGCGAGGACGAGGAAGAGGAGCCUGUCGCGCAGCCCAAGACUGCCGCCGGGCCUGCAGAAUCACCACAGCGUUCAUUUACAAACACACCAAACAAUACAGUUCCCACACCAGAUGUACAGUUACAUAGUGCACAAGAUCAGGGUGCUUCGUCCCUUCUCUCUGCUUCUGUCGCUGUCAAUGAGUCUGUUCCUUCUAUUGCUUCUACUGUUCCCAACGGCACCACGCCUGUCCCAGACGUUGCCAUGACAGGUGCUUCAGAUCACAUGAACGUAGCUAGCGCCCGACAGUCUGCAGCUUCAGUCACUCCUAUGCCCACCUCUACAGCGCUGCCAAAGGCGCGUCUUCCUCAGGACCGCAUCGGUAUCCUUGAAGAUCGCAUUGCUGAAGACCCGCGUGGUGACGUCGAAGCGUGGCUGAGUCUAAUCGAGGAGCAUCGCAGGCGACACAAGCACGACGACGCGAGAGCGGCCUUUGAGCGCUUCCUCAAGGUCUUCCCCACAGCAGGUGAGCAAUGGGUCGAAUGGAUCGCCUUCGAGACAGAACUAGAUGAGCUGCAGAAGGUAGAGGUCUUGUUCGGCAAGUCCAUCGCGCAGACAGGUUCUUAUGUUCCGUUGUAUUCGUCGUACAUCGACUUUGUCCGCCGCCGCUUCAACUUGACGACGGACCAGACUGGUCAGAACCGUCAGACUGUCACCCAGGCCUACGAGUUCGUUCUUGGACGGGUGGGUAUCGAUGUCAACGCUGGCAAGCUGUGGCUGGACUAUAUCGAGAUGCUGAAGACAGGUCCCGGCGAUGCGGGCGGCAGCAGCUGGCAAGACAAGCAGAAGAUGGAUACUCUGCGCAAGGUCUAUCAGCGUGCAAUUUCCAUUCCACACAACGCGACUCUUGAGAUCUGGCGCGACUAUGACAAGUUCGAGAUGUCUGUGAACAAGCAAACAGGACGCAAGCAUCUCCAGGAGAAAUCUCCUUCAUACAUGACCGCACGAAGCGCCAUCAACGUCCUCGACAAUAACAUCACGAGGGGUGUCAACCGAACCACUCUUCCCCGCCUGCCGCCAGCGCCAGGCUUCGAUGGCCACGACGAGUACUCGAACCAGGUCAAGCUAUGGAAGAACUGGAUACAAUGGGAGAAGAGCGACCCGCUCGAGAUCUUGAUCGACGACAAGACAGCGUACCAGAACCGUGUGCUUCAUCUCUACAACAAUGCCCUCAUGGCGCUUCGCUUCUGGCCAGAGCUAUGGUAUGAGGCAGCAGAGUGGUGCUUCGACAACGGUCUGUCUGCGGAAGGGGACAAAUUCCUCACCGACGGUAUCGAAGCCAACCCGGAGAGCUCCCUGCUAGCAUUCAAGAAGGCCAGCCAGGUUGAGUUGCGUACAGAUUUCGAGGAUGGCCAGCCGGGCAUCAUCGCCAAGGGCAAGGCCCUUUUGGACACCAUCUACGACCUGACGGCGCAGACGAAGAAGCGCGAGGAGCAGUUGAUUGCUCGCGCUAAGGAAAUGUUCGAAGCUCAGAAGCAUGCUGAUGAGGCCGCUCGCAACAAUGCGAACGGAGACGAUGACGAAGAUGAAGACGAGCUCGCGAAACGCCUCCGGGAAAAGGAGGAAAUGCAUAAGAUGCAAAUACAAGGAAUUGUUGCAGGCCACAACAAUGAGAUUCUGACCCUCAAGAAGAUACUCACCUAUGCUUGGAUUGCCCUGAUGCGAGCCAUGCGACGCGUGCAAGGCAAAGGCUCGCCAGGCGCAGAGGUUGGUGGUUUCCGCGCUGUUUUCGCUGAAGCUCGUAAGAAGGGCAAGCUCCUUAGUGAAGCGUAUGUCGCCAGCGCCCUGAUCGAGCAUCACUGUUACCAAGACCCAGCUGCCAACAAGAUCUUUGAGCGUGGCAUGAAGCUCUUCCCUGAAGAUGAGCACUUUGCGUUAGAAUACAUCAAGCACUUGAUCAAGCUGAAUGAUUCAACCAAUGCACGCGCCGUCUUUGAGACUGUUGUCGGAAAGAUCACAUCCAAGCCGGAUCAGAUUGCUCGAGCCAAGGAGCUGUUUCUCUUCUUCCACGACUAUGAAGCCAAGUUCGGCGAAUUGGCUCAGAUCACCAAGCUGGAGCAACGCAUGCUCACCCUGUACCCUGAGGAUCCGCAACUACAGCGCUUCUCCCAGCGUUUCGCGGGUCCUACCUUCGAUCCCACCACUGUCCGCCCGAUCAUCUCCCCGCGCUCUCAGAUGAAGCCUAUCAUGCACAUGCAGCCCGUCAUGAACUCAGUGGAGGAGCACCAACCCACCAUGCCCCAACAAGUGGAGCAGCGCCAUGCCUCUCCUCCCAACUUCAACUUCGCUUCACCGCACCUCGCAAACAUCCAGCCCGUCGCCAUCCACUCCCCCAAGCGCCCCCUCGACGACGCCGACGACAACAACCAGCCCCGCAAGCUCGCGCGCGGCGAAUCCCCCGCCCUCAAAGGCGCAGCCGGCCGCCGUCUCGAUGCCGCGCGCCGCAACCUGGCCACCUCGGGCAACACGCCAGUCGUCCAAGGCCCUGUUCCCCUCCCCCGCGAAAUCAACUUCCUCCUCAGCAUCAUCCCGCCCGCACACACGUACCGCGAGACGCGCUUCAACCCCGAAGCCAUGGUCGCUAUGAUUCGCGAUAACGCGCGCAUUGCGCUGCCGAAUUCGGUGGUGCCCGCGCCGCAGCGUUGGGGCACGACGCCCACUACCGCGCAGCAGUUGGCGAGUAUUCAGGAGAAGUACGGACAUCAGCAUACUGGGAGUACGGGGAGUGCUUGGGGACAGUAA